AUGCGUUUUUCCACGGUCGCCGCUUUCGCCUGCGUGGUCAUCAGCGCCGCUGCAUUCGAGUAUCCGGAUUUUGUUCCCCUUCAUCGUCGUCAAGAGCCGGGCACUCCAGCAUACGACUGUCAUGCUAACUGCGGUGGUGUGAUCGUCUCUGCUCGCUCCGACGGGUUCUGCGACUCUAGCACCUUCAAGCAACAGCUUUCAGACUGCUUGAAAUGCGCAAAUGAAUUUAAGAUCUGGAAAUACUAUGGUAGUGCCGUGUCCAAGGCCGCCAAGUCAUGCGGACUGGAUUCCACUCCAGAAGAUGGGUCCUCCACCACCAUGCAAGCGAGCACUAGCAGUGCCGCCGAGAAAGAAACCACAACGUCCGAAGCGCAGACAUCCGCUGCAUCAGGCUCUAUUGUCACUUCCACAGUGCACAGUAUCGCCACGACUGCCUCGGUGACUGGAUCUAGCCACGGGGUGAUUCCUAUCCCCCCGCAGUCCGCAACUGUGAGUGGGUCUAUGACUCCGAGUGGAAAGACAACUGCUAGUACUAGUACUGCUUCUUCGUCUAUUCCUCUUUCCAACUCCGCUCCAAACUCUCACGGUAGUGUGUGGGUUGAGGCUUUGGUUGGAUCCUUUGCUGCGAUGGGGAUGGCAUUGUAA